AAUGUGUAAAUUAAAAAGUAACAACAUACUUUAGAAUCGUGGUUAAUAAGUUCAUCAACUCAAACGCCUCAAUAACAUGCCCGUCAUGGGUUCAAGUUUGAAAUGGACCUUACCUCCGUUGCAAGGAUUGACUAUUCGGCAGUGUGGUAAUGAAUUAAGUCUCGAAAGCCUGUAUAGAAGAAGAAGUAGGGUUCAGCUACAAAUAUCACAAAAAGUUUUUUGAGAUUUAUCUUGAAAACCUCAGCAUACUCACAAUGCAUUACAGAUAUUCAGAGGAACUCAUAAUCCAAAAAUAAUUUCUUAUAUGCAUAUCCAAAAAGAGUUCAAUUGCCAACACAUAAAGUUCAAUUCCCUUUAGUAAAUAUCAAGUAAGUGUCCCAACAUCAUUUUUCCUAGUAUGAAAUCUGUAUAAGUGAUUGUACUUUCCACUUUAUUUAGAACUACAUUUAAUAAAUUUCACGAUAAAUAGUUAAAUUCCUGGUGCCAACUAGCAACUCACUCAUAGGUGAGUGGGAUUUUAAGAGCGAUUUUUAUGGCUCUUAAAGUGUGAGUUAUACAGCUAAAUCACCAUUCUAACUCAUUGACACUGAAUCGCCCGCCGCUACUGAGCGGUUCUUCCCAUCACUAACGUUAAACAUCGUACUGGCCGUACCUCCGACAAGCGAGGCUGACUACGACUGCCCAAUACACGCUAAGGCAGACUUUUGCACCGCAGAAGGCUUCGUAACCAUGCAACAAACACACAACCGACGCACACACAGCGCACAGCUGUCAACAUCAGCUGAGCCGCUACUGGCAGACUCCCAAAAGCGAGCGCACUCUAUCUUCUCUGGCCGCAAAACAACCAAACCCACUCUCCCGAACUCCGCAUCGCCAAUCCUUCCAGCAACGGCAUGCGAAAUAAUAUUGAAUAAUCUUAUCAGCUGUGUUUUUGCAGCACCUUACUACUCCUCAAAUAACCAGCAAACCAGUGUGUGUGUGCGUGUGUACCUAAAAACAGCCUCUAAUAAACACACACACAACCAUUCCCAACACUGUGUGUGUCCCCUGCACUGUUUGCACAUCACCGAUUGCACGGCAGGCAUGGGAGGAAGCCGGUGAUUUAGUACGCCUCAAACAAAUCAGCAAUGCAGAACGACACGCUCGUCCGGAUCCCGGCGAACGCUUGGGAGCAGCUGCGCGAUCUCUACCGGCAGGACUGGCCACGGCACGAGAUUGCCUACAACAAUGUGCAGAACUACAUCCGGUGGAUCGAGCGCGAUCCGCAGAUCAGUGCAACGCUUCUUGUCUACAGCCUGAACGGCAACUGGCGACAGACAGGAACCUACAUAAUUAUAGAUCAUACGGAUGUGUUUAUGUACACGCUUGACAGUACGGGCGAUACGCUGAAGCGUAUGCUGCUGCUGCUCGACUGGCACCACAGCUAUCUGAUGAACAUGUGCCUGUAUCGUGCCACCGUGCUGGAGGUGUAUCGGUUGCAUCGGCUCGAGAUUGCGUUCGACAGUGCCGAUCUCAUCUAUCACAUGCCGCAGCAGGUGGCGCACCGGUUUCGAUACGAUCUGCCGGUGGGUCUAUCGCUCCAGCGCAUCCCGCCCCACUAUGCCGCCUUCAUCUACAACCAGUGGCUGAACAAAUCGGUCGGCACCGAGUACUUCAUCGAGCGGCUGCUUCGCUGGAACGUCUCGAUGGGCCUGUUCUGCGAGGGCGUUCGGGAACCGUUGGCCUGGUGCAUCCGUACACAGAACGGUGCGCUCGGGCUGCUGGGUGUGGUGGCCCAGCGCAAGGGGUACGGUUCGCUCGUCAUAAAGGCGAUCGCCCGCCGGCUAGCGGAGCAGGGGUACAGUACGUACGCGAGCGUACGGCGUACGAACGUGGCCUCGCGCAAGCUGUUCGAGAAGCUCGGUUUUCGGGCGGUCGGCGAGGCGAGCUGGCUGAAGAACAUGAAGGGUACGUUCGAUGGUUGCGAGCUGCGGAAGGCAAUAAAGGCAUGAGGCAUGCGGUUCGGAUUU